AACAUGCUUCUACUCCAUUGCCCAUCAAGCGACCAGCCUAUGGCCUUCCUGCCAAGUUUGCUAUGAAGAUGCAAAAGUGUGGGCUGGGUCACAAGCGCGAUGUGUCAAAGUAGUUCAGAAGUCUCCUCAAAUCUCCUUUUUCCUCCCUCCUUCGUCAAAUGUACAUUUUGCCUGUGUCCUUUCCUUCUGAACAUAACGAUAAUUCUUUCUAUUGUUUUCUUUAUGUAUUUUUCUUUUCGUUCUAUUUUCCUCCCCUUUUCCUAAAUUGUUUAUUGACUUUGCACGAAAUGUGUUUGGCCAGUCAUGUACCAUUUUUUUUCUGUUGUGAACAAGUAUUUUCCUGCAUUCCAACCCCAACUUGAAUACCCAACAUCACCUGUUUGAUUUUUUUUCUUUUCGCCAAUAUUUUUCCGUUUUUUUACAUUUAGUUGUCGUUUCGACUCUGCAUUUUCCUACAAAAAGCAUUAAACUAACGAAGAAG